GCCUAUUAAAAGAACAGUAUUACAGUGGAAAAGUCACUUAACAUCGGGCUGUGAAACCCUAAAUAACGGAUAGACUACUCUUCUUGAUUUAAGUUCGAGAAUCAUGGUCCUUCGUCUUUGGCGGGCAUGCGUCCUCUUUAUAGGUUUAGACAUUCGGGCUAAGGCAGCCAUGACAUGGAAUGGAGCACCUUCAUCCCGAUCACUUAAAGUUGAUUUAACUGUGUCGGGGCCAUGCUUCAAUCCUGUUACUAGUUUGACUGUGAACGACCGCCAGGGGGAUUUAGUGUACAGCUUGCUGUCUCAGAAUCCCAAUGGCAGUUUUUAUAGAGACGAAGACAGCAUAAAGUGUACUGCGUCUGUCCUUAAAUCCAACGGCUACUCGAGUUAUACUCUGAACGUGAGCGUAGCAGAUAACAACACAACACUUUAUGACACCUUUACCGUGACCAUUUUGGGUUUACCAAUCAUUUGUGAAGCUCAAAAGGAUGACUACGGUUUGUGGCCAGAGACAAUCGUUGCAUCUAUCGCACAAGUUCCCUGUACUUCAGCGGUCGAAAAAGGGACGUAUUAUCGAACUUGCCUUAAAUCAGGAUGGGAUCAAGUGAACAACAACUGUAGCAUCGAUCAAUAUGUGAUCGUAGACGUGAUAAACAAGAUAUCCAACUUGAACUCGACACGUCAAGAAGAUAUAUCCGAUACUUUAUUGAAUAUAACUAAAACUAUGAACACUUUAAGUAAUAACUCGAAAAUAUCCGAAGAAGUAAGUUACUUGCAAGACAUUGCAAACGCGUCGGCAAAACUUGUGGAUUAUAUUGAACAAAACAGCGACAAGAUCACUGAUGCCAUCACCGAUAAUAUACUUGGCACCAUCAGUAACUUCCUGGAUGAAAACAAACACGAUGCAUGGCAUAAGAUUAAUGCAGAAACAGAGACAGCAUCUGUCGAAGAACCGGUAGGUGUAGCAACUGUUCUCUCGUCAGCAGACCGAUUUCUGGCAAUCCUCAGAAAUUCCAAAUGUAAUGCGUUCGACAUGAACAGCACGGAACAGAAAGAUAACAAAAACAUGUAUGUUGAGCUUGGUCUGCGACGCAAUGCCAGCGUUCAAUUUCCGAGCAAGAAGUCAUAUGGGUCCAAUGUAAAGAUUCCCCAGCAGUCAAUCACAGGAUUAUUGGAAGCAUGCUUUGUUGGCGCUAUAUAUCCUACGAUCGGAGCUGUCUUGAAUGGAUCGUGGCAAAACGGAACUGUGGUCAAUUCAGAUGUUGUGAGUCUACAGGUCAAGAAUUUCCCGUCGGGAAAUAUUGACCAACUGGUUACAAUUACAUUAACGCUGAAAAAGACCGGAUAUAUCAAUCCAGUAUGUGUUUUCUGGGAUUUCAAUAUCAAACGAUUGGGUCAACGCGGCGGCUGGUCGACCGAAGGGUGCAGACUUGCGAACUUCACCGACAACGCAGCAACUUGUCAGUGUAACCACCUGACAAACUUUGCAAUUCUUAUGAGCCCAAUUACAAUUUCACCGGAGCACGCAAAGGCGCUUGGGAUCGUUUCCGCCGUAGGCUGUGCUGUCUCUAUCGUCUGUCUGAUUAUCACGCUUGUCAUUCAUGCCUUGGUCUGGAGAUUCGUCCGCUCAGACAGGGUGAUCGUUGUCAUGCAUCUCUGCGUUGCCUUGCUCUGCGCCCUGAUCGUCUUCCUCGGAGGAGUCAACCGAACGGAAAGAAGGGACGCAUGCGUGGCUAUCGCAUCUGCCAUCCAGUACUUCUUCCUGGUCAUGUUCUUCAUGAUGUUGCUGAUUGGUCUUGAGAUUUUGCUUUGCGUCGUGCACGUGUAUAGGACCAAGUUCAGAGCCAAGGUCCUCAUACCGCUUGCAUGGAUCGUUCCAGGCAUAAUAGUUGGCGUUUCACUUGGCAUUACAAAAACACGGGGGUAUGGAAAUAGUACAUACUGCUGGUUGGAUAUCUCCUCCGGACUUAUUUGGUCAUUUGUGGGACCAGCGUUGCUCAUCAUUUGUGUGAAUAUAUUAGUAGUUAUCGUCGUAUUUAAACGCAUGUCGUCGUUAGCUGCGAUGAAAAACAAAACUACGAAAGAACAACUCAAGACGUGGUUGUACAGUUUAUGCGUGUUGUUGCCCGUAAUGGGCCUAACGUGGGUGUUUGGUGUUUUGGCAAUCAAUGAAGGCACGUUGAUAAUGCAGUAUAUAUUCGCUGUAUUGAAUGGUCUUCAGGGCUUCUUCAUAUUUCUCUUCUACUGUGUCCUGAAUAGACAGGUUCGAGAUGCUCUCAGAAGACGGCAAGACCGGAAGCGAAGUCUCCAGACGCUGUAAACUUACUUGCAGAGACAGUCGCGGGUUUCGAGAUAUGCCCCAGAAAAAAAACGACACAAAUCCCGACGGCUUGACAGACAGCGUUAUUCUAGCAAACCCGCUUACAACGUGGUUUAUGGGAAAUAUAUCAAGAAAUGAAAUGGAAUUAAAAUGGAACUAAAAAGAAUUGAUAUUGAGGAGCGAAAAACUAUGAAAAACGAAUGCAUGUGGAAUUAUAGUGAAUGUGUAAACGUUUUUAUAUAAAUAUGUAAGUGUGUGUGUUCAGUAUUAAAGUAACGAUUGAAA